UCUGAGCUCUAUCCCUAUUGUAUUUGUCGUUCGCGCACUAGCAACGCGCGCCUUUGGAAGCCGCCACACACCACACAAGCAUUUUCUUCCAAUGCAACGGGCAACCAAAGUGCGUCCUUGGUCGAUCAUGAUCAGCAUUGCUUUUUUUACAACGUCCUUCAAGUUCCAGCCCUCCCUCCAUCCAUCAGCAGCGUCUUCAAGUUGAAAUUCUGAAAGAGGAAACGUGCUAACUGUCAGCAAGUAUCAUUAUAAGCUAUCACACUUUAGAAUAUCAUAGCUACUGGUACCUGAGUACAUAGUAAGAGAGAAGCAGGAGAGAGCUACCGGUAUAUACCCAUAGUCAUAUAGAUCACAACACCAUCAACAAUACAAUGAGCAACAAGGAGCAAGACGAACAAGACCAGCAGAUUGAGAUCUUCAAGGUCAAGAAGCUGAUUAAGAAUCUGCAGGCAGCCCGUGGAAAUGGUACUUCCAUGAUUUCCUUGAUUAUCCCUCCCGGAGAUCAGAUUUCACGAGUCAACAAAAUGUUGAGUGACGAAUACGGUACCGCGUCCAAUAUCAAGUCGAGAGUCAAUCGAUUGUCCGUUCUGUCCGCCAUUACGUCCACACAACAGCGCUUGAAGCUAUACAAUCGAUGUCCCAAAAAUGGACUCGUCAUUUACUGUGGAACCGUCAUUACCGAAGACGGAAAAGAACGAAAAGUCAAUAUCGACUUUGAACCAUUCAAACCCAUCAAUACGUCCCUCUACUUGUGUGACAACAAAUUCCACACGGAGAAUCUAAACGAUCUGCUCAUGGACGACGAAGCUUUUGGCUUUAUCGUCAUGGAUGGUAACGGAUGUCUAUACGGAACCGUGCAAGGAUCCAAUCGCGAAGUCUUGCACAAGUUCUCGGUCGAUCUACCCAAGAAACACGGACGUGGUGGACAGUCCGCAUUGCGAUUUGCCCGACUUCGAUUGGAAAAACGACACAAUUACGUACGCAAAGUCGCCGAAUUGGCCACGCAACUCUUUGUACCCGAUGGACAAAAACCAAACGUUCAGGGGAUUGUACUGGCCGGGUCGGCCGAUUUCAAGACGGAACUCAUGCGCUCCGAUUUGUUCGAUCCAAGAUUGUGUAAAAUUGUCGUCAAGAUGAUUGAUGUCUCGUACGGAGGAGAAAAUGGAUUCAAUCAAGCCAUUGAAAUGAGUGCCGACGCACUCGCCAAUGUCAAGUUGAUGAAGGAAAAAAAACUAUUGCAGAAAUACAUGGACGAAAUCUCACAAGAUACCGGAAAGUACUGUUUCAUGGUCGAAGAUACCCUCAAGGCGUUGGAACUCGGGGCUGUAGAAGAUCUCAUUGUCUGGGAUAAUCUCGAUGUCAAUCGAUAUGUCCUGCGAAAUCAAUCGACCAGCGAAGAGACCAUUCUGCAUCUCACCAAAGAACAGGAAUCCCAAGACUCGUACUUUCGGGAUGCUACUUCGGGAACCGAAUUGGAAACGGUCGAAAAGGAACCCUUUGUCGAAUGGCUCGCCAAUAACUACAAGAAUUUUGGAUGUAACUUGGAAUUCGUCACGGAUCGCUCCAGUGAAGGGACACAGUUUGUCAAGGGAUUUGGAGGGAUUGGAGGAAUUCUGCGAUGGAAGGUUGACUUUGUCGAAUUGGGUCACUUUGAAGAAGCUGCUGCGUUGGAUCACGCGGCAGAUGAUGACGAUGAUGACGACAAUGAAGAAGAUGAUGAUGACUAUGGAUUCGAUGAUGGUGACUUUGCCUUUUAAUCGAGGCAGGUUCGUCUGCAAAAGAGGACUCUUGGCUCGUGAUGGUUGUGGUCUUGGCUCUUUCUUACAAUGGUCUCGACUUACUUGUGUACCAAAAAGUGCGUUCUUCUUUCAUGGUUGCUCUUUAUUGGGCAUACCUUCAGCGCACGUGCGCAAGUCAAGAUUGGACAGGUGGGUGGUGAGAGCAAGCAAGCAAGAGGAACAGCAUGCCAAGGCGGCGGAAAGGAGGAAACGAGCGAUGGAGUACACUUUAGCGGAUUCGAUUCAAUUCAAUUCAAUUUUGGGUGAGUGAUGUGAGUGAAUAAGGAAGAAAGAUUCUGUUCAUUUCUUGUUGCAAGGUAGAAGUGGACAUGGCCAAGUGCCACUAUCAUGUUCCGUUUUCGCCACCGCCACCCAUGUCAAAACUGGGAUAUUGAGGCAAGGUCGGAUUGGGUCAGACAUGAAUUCACUCCGGUAUCCUUAUCAUCAUCGUAAUUCGUUAUUAGUUCUAUAUACAAGC